GUCUUCUUCUUUUUAUUGUUUUUUUUUUUUUAUACCUACGGAAUCGAUUCCUCUUUCUCCUGGCCUUGGUCUGUCUUCGAUGCCGCACCCGGCGCCAGCAGCGCCGAAGAAGCACGGCGGCGAGCAGCAUCCCGACGCCAACCCCAUCCAGAAGUCUCAGCGCUUCAAGGCCGCUAGGGUUUCCGAUGACGACAAGAAGACUAGAAGACUCAAGGACGUGGAGAUCGGCUUUCCAAUUGUAUAUGGAGCAAUUUCGUUCUGGCUUGGUAAAAAAGCAAGCGAGUACAAUUCCCACAAAUGGACUGUUUAUGUUCGCAGCGCAACAAAUGAGGAUUUGAGUGUGAUAGUCAAGAGUGCCGUCUUUCAACUGCAUCCUAGUUUCAACAAUCCAACGAGGGUUGUAGAAUCAGCACCUUUUGAAUUGUCAGAAUCUGGAUGGGGAGAAUUUGAAAUAGCUAUUACCCUCUUUUUCCACAGUGAUGUUUGUGACAAGCAGCUGAACCUAUAUCACCAGCUAAAGUUGUAUCCUGAGGAUGAUAAUGGACCCCAGUCAACAAAAAGGCCUGUUGUUGUGGAAACAUAUGAUGAGAUAGUUCUUUCUGAGCCUACUGAGGCAUUCUUUCUCCGUGUCCAAAAUCAUCCAGCUGCAAUUGUUCCAAGGCUACCUGCUGGUCUAAACUUAUCACCACCAGGUCCUGUUGAACAUGUGAAUGAAAAGAAAAGAGGUGAUACCAAAGAUCACCCACUAAGUCCGUGGUUCAUGAAUUUCUCUGAGGCAGACGAGCUAUUGAAACUUGCAGCUGCUCGUCAGCAGGUGCAGGCCCACAUAGCUAAGCUCAGGAGACAGUUGAGCAUGAUUGAUGGCCUGCCUCAGCAGUCAAAAGCUUCUUCUGGUCAGUAAAUCUUACCAGGUCUUCCCGUGAGCAAGAAGUGAAACUGGAUUACAUGUAAAUCCAUGCUAAAGGGAUUUAAUCCCCAUGUUCAUAUUUUUCAUUUUCCUGUUCUUUCUAGUUGCAAUUAAUUUUAUGAGAAAGGGGGAAAGGGGUGUGUGUGUGUGUUGGGGAAAGGGGGGGGGGUGCUUACAAGCAUGUCUGCCUUCUUUUACAGUCUAAAUACUUUUCUGUAUUGUCUUCUUUGAUGAAUGUAAAUGAAAGGAGCACCUUUGUUGCA